AUGGCGCAAACACUCGAGCAACGCCGCCGCAACGCAAAGUUCGCCAAGGAGCAGGAGGCCAAGAUGGGCAAGUCGGAGGAGCAGGUCAAGAAGCGCGUCAAGGAGACGCCCAAGGCCCCCAUCUCCAUGUUCUGGAUUGUCAUUCUCGGCUUCAUCGUCUUCGGCGGUCUAGUCUUCGAGGCAUUGUCUCGCAUGUUCGGUCAGUAA